GUAUCUAUUCGAUUCUUGGGAGAUUUGUCUCGUCUCCCCCCAGAUAUUCAAUCUCUUGCAGAGAUCAUUCAACAGAAUACAAAGUCCAAUUGUCAAAACAUACUAAAUAUUGCCAUUGCCUACACUUCCAGAGGAGAUAUGUUGCGGGCCACAAGUCGAGUUAUUUCCGAAUGCAGUGCUGAUGCUUUAAAUGAAAAUGAUAUGGAUCGAAUGCUUUCUACUUCUGACAUACUCAAACCCGACAUACUGUUAAGGACCGGUGGGGAACAUCGCUUUAGUGAUUUUCUGUUAUGGGAGGUGGAUUUGCUUUGA